AUGGAUGGUGCAAUGGAGGUGGCCAGCCCUAGGAAUUCUAAAGAAAAGGAAAGUCUGUAUUGGCACAAGCUGGCAACAUCGCAGAGUGUAAUUUUCAGAUUUUUGCAGAAACAGGCAGAGAAGCGAGAUCAUCUCAAUACAUAUGGAAACACUGUGCAGUGGAUGGGGAUGAACAGGUUGAAAACAUUUGGCAGUAUUUCAGACAGAAUUAGGAUAUAUCAACUUGCUCCAGGGACGGAAGCGAGCGAGAAACGAAAGCGCAUCAUUGCUAGUCUGACCUCGCGAUCCCAUCAAGAUGCGCUCUGUUCAAAGCUCACCACACUAGCUGCUGCUGCUCCCAGCUGCCGCUUCCUGCCACUGCCACUGCCAGCGCUAGCUCUUCUAGCCCACGUCAACCUGAGCUCCUUUGCUUCUCCACGCAAACCAUCACAGCUCACACCACCCACGCCCCAUCUCAGAUCCACCCCUGCCGCGCUGACAAGACCCCCGCCUCGGGCUCUGCGUCCUCCUCCGCGUCAGUGUCACUCAACUCAUCCCUCCGAGGCUGAGCUCCCCCUCUCGCCCGACUCGCCGGCGGCAGACUCGCCUCGUUCUCGAUCCGGGAGGGCGAGCGCCGCACCCAGCCCGCGCGCGUGUUACCGGUCUGCCCCUGGGUCAUUGCCUCUGUUACACCUCGGGCCCCGGGCCCCAUCGGUUUCUGAGCGCGGGGGCACAAGUGGAAAAUGGAGGCAAGGUCGCCGGCGGGCGAGCCGGCGGCUGGAAGUUACCUUUCUGCCCUCCCACCGUGGGGGCCACACGCCGCGGCGCCAGGUGGAGCGUGGUGUCGUUUUGCGCAGGGGUAGAAGGGUAAAAUCAGCGCGCCGCGCUCGCGCGGGAAAUCCGGAAGGGCGGGUGGUACUUGCGUAUCACUCGCUCUGUUUCCAUCCCCCCUCCCCCCAGGUUAGGGUUUCGUGCUCGCCUCGCCUCGCCUCGCUUCGGGGGACGGCGUCGCUGUCCUGUCAGAUGCGGCUGCUGCUGCGGCCGCCUGCUGGGACGCACCUCUCGCUCGCCUCUCGCUAUCGCUUCGCCGUCCGAGAUCUGAGCGCCUCGUCGCCCCGCCGCUCCGUUCGAGUUCGACGCCUCGUGAUCUCCGGCCGGCCCGAUCGCGCGGCCGGGUUGCGACCUUUUUCCAAGAUUCUUACACUGAGAAUCAUGCAGUUUUCCAAUGCUGCAUCCUGGACUCUUUCCAGUGCCCCCCUUGGAAUGUUGAAGGGUAAAGCCAUGGAGAGUGGAACCAGUGCUGGUUAUUUUAGGGAAAGACAGCUCAAGCUCAUGGAAGAAUUCCUCGGUGCAAAGAUCCCAAUCCUUGUACAUACUGCUCUCUUCUUGGGCUUGGAGAAGAUAACCUGAUGCCCCUCAGGCCAAGCCCCAUCGCAGAGGGGUUUCUCGUAUGCACGUGCCCAUCAACAACUCCUGCAACUAUUCUCCACACUAACACUGAUGAACUCAUCUGGGUGGUUCUCCAUCUUGGUUGGGCUCUGGUGAUAACUAAUAUAGUACGCAACUACCUCAUUUAAUUUCCUCUCAUUUCCGCAACUUUGACAGCGCAUUUAUUUUGGUCUGCUCCAUUUGUGAGGUGAGCAAAAGUUGUCCCAAGUUUGUACGGUGCUGUGUGUGUUUUUGGUGUGGACGUGAUGUAGUGCCCCUCCCUGGUAUGGGGACUAAGCCUAGUACUGGCCCCAUGUAGACCAAUUUGUAGACUGGAUAUUGGUGCACUGAAUGCUUAUUAAGUUCAUCAUGUGAUCAUGUAGCAUCGUGGCGCUAAUUAUGCAAUUCAAGGCUAAUAAUAUUACGGGGAGAGGCUCUCAAAUUGUACUGAAGUGGAACUACUGCAAGUGCCUUUUGUCAGGGUAUACUGCUGCCACUGCCAGCGGCCGAUCUUCAGAAGGGGCUUGAGCCAGAAGAUUAGUAGUACGAGCAGGAAAGAGAUCA